GUCGUAUUGGGUUUCUAUUGUUGGGGUUGGGAGUUCUUAACCGCCCUUCUUCUCUUCUCAACCCUUCCAUCAAUUCCGCCCUCUUUAAUUUCCUUCUAGAUUUUUAUUAUCUAUACAUAAAUAUAUCUAUCUCUCUUCUUUUUUUUUUGGUUUAUUACUAUUAAUUAUAUAUAAGACCUUACGAAAAAAAUACUCCGGCGAGAUGAUGUUGGGGUCGGCGGCGGAGUGCGACGGCAGCGGAGACGGGAAGAGGGUGUUGGAGUACGUGAGGAAAGCGUCGGUGGCGCCUUUCUUGGUGAAGACGUACAAGCUGGUGGAGGAUCCGGCCACCGACGAGGUGGUUUCGUGGAGCGGGGACGGGACGGGGUUCGUGGUGUGGCGGCCGGCGGAGUUCGCCCGGGACUUGCUCCCCACCCUCUUCAAGCACGGCAACUUCUCCAGCUUUGUUCGCCAACUUAAUACCUAUGGUUUUCGCAAAGUAACAACCAGUCGGUGGGAGUUUCGCAAUGACAUGUUCCGCAAGGGUGAGAGAGAUUUACUAUGCAACAUUCGUCGCAAAAAAUCAUCCUCAUCAAACAGGUGCGCAAUGCAUGCACCUAAUGCUAUUGACUGGUCAAAACCUAACCUUAAUUAGUAACACUUCUUAGAAAGUGGAACUCUAGCUUGAAGAGUGGGCAUGCCGACAAGUCGCUGGUAAUUAACAAUGGUAUAUAUUGCUAGGUUAAGAAAAUGUUGAAAAAAAAUGAAAGUGAAUAAAAAAAAAUGAAGCUUGUUACCAUGG